AUGCUUUGGCGGAAAGCGGAAAAGGGAAGGUUAAUGAGUUAUAGUUUCAACCACAUCGAUAUUGCGUUGAAAUUGGAAAAUCACCCUGAAUUUCGUUUGACUGGUUUUUAUGGGGAACCGCAACGAAGCUUACGCCACAAUUCUUGGAGGAAAAUUAAACAGCUAGCAGGUGCUUCAGAAUUGCCUUGGUGUCUAAUUGGAGAUCUCAAUAAUGUGCUCUAUCAAUGGGAGAAAAGAGGUGGUCGUGCUUAUCCCCGUGGUUUAAUCACUGGGUUCCAGGAGACUCUUACUGAAUGUGGGCUGAGCGACAUGGAGAUGAUGGGUCAUCCCUAUACUUGGGAAAGAGGGAGAGGUACGCCGAAUUGGAUUGAGGUGAGACUUGAUCGUGCUCUUAUAUCACAACCUUGGAGAACAAUUUUCUAUUCAGCUAAACUAGUCAACCUUGAGAUCUCUGUUUCUGAUCAUUCUCCCAUUUGGUUGGAUCUCGCUUAUCAAGUUCGGGAUCCGGUCAUUAGGAGGUUUCGGUUUGAGAAUGCUUGGGUUCGGGAGCCUAUGUGCCGCCAAAUUGUAUCUGACCACUGGAGAGCAUACAGUGUUGAUUCUUUCCAGGAAAAAAUUAAAUGUUGCAGUACUGCUCUCGCGGAAUGGGGGAAGGAUAUUACAGGUAAAUUUAAGGAACGCAUAAGUCAUUGUAAUAGACUAUUGAAGCAGUUGAAAGGUCAGAGAGAUGAGGAGUCUGUUCGACGGUACCAGGAGAUACACAGCUGUCUAUUCGAGGUACUCACACAGAAAGAAAUAUUUUGGCGCCAAAGAUCAAAGCAGUUAUGGUUACAAGCUGGUGACCAAAACACAAAAUUCUUUCAUGCUUGUGCAAGUACCAGGAAAAGAAUUAACCAGCUCACUUCCCUUAAGGAUGAUCAUGGCACGUGGGUAGAUUGGGAGCAUGGUUUGGGUGAGGUGAUUGUUGACUACUUCAGAAACAUCUUUGCAUCUUCAACUACCGCCUGGGAUAGCGUUAUAGAGUGUGUUCCAGAGAGCAUAACAGAGGAGAUAAAUCUGGAGCUGCUUUUACCAGUGGAUGACAGCGAAGUUAAGGAAGCACUGUUCCAAAUGCACCCAGAUAAGUCGCCAGGUCCGGAUGGCUUUAAUCCGGGCUUUUAUCAGAAAUUUUGGGACAUUGUGGGUCCUGAUGUGGUACGAUUGGUUCAACAUUUUUUUAUGUUUGCUGAGUUUCCUGAUCAUCUUAAUCAAACUCAUAUUGUUCUUAAUCCUAAGAAGUCUAAACCUGAGACUAUGAGUGAUCUUAGGCCUAUUGCUUUAUGUAAUGUGAUUUAUAAAAUUGUUUCAAAAGUGGUGGCCAAUAGAUUGAAGAAGUUUCUCCAUAACAUUAUUUCUGAGACCCAAAGUGCGUUUAUUCCUGGUAAGCUCAUAACAGAUAAUAUUAUGGUUUCCUUUGAGGUUAUGCAUUAUCUCAAGAGGAAAUCGACAGGAAAGGAAGGGUUCAUGGCUAUCAAACUGGAUAUGAGUAAGGCAUAUGAUAGGGUUGAAUGGGGAUUCCUGCAUGCAAUGUUAAAAAAGAUGGGUUUUAGCGACCACUGGAUAAAGAUUGUGAUGCGGUGUGUGAGCUCAGUUUCCUAUAAAGUAAUCUCUGGGUGCCAUGAGCUGGGUCCAAUAAUACUAAGCAGAGGUUUGAGACAAGGUGAUCCCUUAUCCCCUUAUCUCUUUAUUAUCUGUGCAGAAGGCUUUUCAGCUUUAAUCUCAGACUAUGAAAGGAGAGGUAAGCUUCAGGCGUGUAAAGUGGCUAGGGGGGCCCCUACGGUCUCUCAUAUGUUCUUCGCAGAUGAUAGUUAUCUAUAUUGUAAAGCUACAGAGAGUGCAACGAAUAGUGUGAUGGAACUUCUGGGCUACUUUCAAUUGGCCUCGGGGCAACAGGUGAAUCUAAGUAAAUCCUCGGUCUUUUUUAGUACCAAUACAAGAGCUGAUGCCAGAGUCAAGAUAUGUGAUAUGCUGAAGGUGAGCGAAGCUGGAGAGUCUUGUACAUACUUGGGGCUUCCUAAUAUUUUGGGCAGGAAUAAGAACACCAUCCUGGGUUUUCUAAAGGACAAGAUGAGGAAAAAGAUUCAAAGCUGGGAGGGGAAAUUCCUCUCGAAGGCAGGUAAGGAGUUAUUAAUCAAGACAGUAGCUCAAUCCCUACCGAGUUAUGCUAUGAAUGUUUUCUUAUUACCAUUGGGAUUGUGUCAAGAGAUGGAGCAGCUUAUGUGCAGUUACUGGUGGAAGUCAUCCUCAAGAAAUAACAAAGGUAUUCACUGGAAGAGUUGGGAGAAGCUGUCAACCCAUAAGUCCAAAGGUGGGAUGGGAUUUUGUAAUCUACACGAUUUCAACAUGGCCCUUUUCAGCAAACAAGGUUGGCGCCUGCUAUGCCAACCUAACACUUUGGUCACCAGGAUUUUCAAAGCAAGAUAUUUUGGGGGUGGGAAUUUCUUGACUGCAGAACUAGGAAGUAAUCCUAGCUUCAUUUGGCGCAGUAUAUUUGCGUCUCAGGAGAUUGUGGGCGCUGGGGCUCGGAGAAAAAUUGGAAAUGGGUCUCAGACUUCUAUUGUUCGUGACCCUUGGCUACCUUGCGGAGUGAAUCCGAGAAUUAGUACUACCCAUCCUGCCUUAGCCGAGAAAAAAGUAGAAGCUCUGAUGAUCACUGGGAGAGUUGCCUGGGAUGAAGACUUGGUUCGAGAUUUGUUUAAUCAACGGGAUGCUAAUCUUAUCGUAGGCAUUCCCUUACAUUCUAGUCGUCUGGCAGAUGCGUGGUUUUGGGCCUUUGAGUCCUCAGGUCGACUCACUGUGAAGAGCGCAUAUCGAUAUUUGCAGCAGGACAAAGAUGGUGGGUCUCGGAUUGACAGAUUAAGCUUUUGGAAUAAACUUUGGAAGCUUCGGGUACCCCCAAAAGUUAAAGAUUUGGUGUGGAGAGCAUCUUCUGAUUGUCUGCCCACAAAGGUUCACCUUCGACUAAAACAUGUGGAUAUUGACACCACAUGUCCAGUGUGCCAAGUUAGUGGGGAAUCUAUCAUCCAUUGCUUAGUGGAAUGCCCUUUUGCGAGAGCUAGCUGGGCUCGUACAGGUAUCGGUGUGUGCACUAGUGUGGAAGGGACUUUUUCUGCAUGGUUGGAGUCUUUAUUCCAAACCUUUGAUGAUGAGAAGAGGAAAGUUAUAGCUAUGACAUGUUGGGCUCUAUGGAGGGUGAGGAAUGAUUGUGUGUGGAAGGGGAAAGUUGCUCGAGUGGCAACUGUGACUAGUUUGGCUAAUAAUACACUAGACCAAUGGACUAAAGCUCAAGAUAGAUUUGAAGUGCCAACCGCAGCAUUCUUGACUGAAGCAGAUGGAGCUGAUAUUUGGAGAAGGCCAGCUGCAGGUGUUAUAAAGAUCAAUGUUGAUGCAGCGCUGUUUUCUGAAUCAUCAACAUAUAGCUUUGCAUGUGUGGCUCGGAAUGAUCAGGGUCAUACCUUGGAAGCUAUAACUUGUUGUCGGAAUGGGGUAGUGUCUCCUGAAUUAGCAGAAGCAAUGGGGAUGCGAGAGGCUUUGAGUUGGAUCAAGAAGAAAUCAUGGGAUAAGGUGACUAUCGAGACUGACUGCCUCACAGUUGUCCAGGCCCUUCGUUGUUCAAUUUCUAUGGACUCUUAUUUUGGGAGUCUAAUCACUGAGUGUAAGGGUUUGUGGAGUGAUGUUAAGAAUAUUAAAAUUUUAUUUGUUAAGCGGUCUGCGAACAAUGUUGCUCAUGCUCUUGCUAGAGCAUCCUGUCAUGUUGCUGACUGUACUUUCAGGGGAGGUGAUCUCUCUCCUGCUAUUCUUGAUGUACUUUUGAAGGACAGUUGCUAA